AUGCCUGUCAGUGAUACCAACACCAACAGAGACAAGCCCACAGUCACUGUCAAUCAAAACAUUUUGGCUAAGGCUUCCAAAGACAAGCCUGCUUCAGCCAGCAGUGCAGCUAAAACCUCCACAAAAUCUCCUACAUCCGGUGAUGUGAAGACUGCCAAAGACAAGCCCCCCACUGGAGCUCAAAAUGUUCAGGCAAUAUCUCCAAAAUCUGCUCCUUCCCGUGGAUCUACAACCACCAAAAACAAGCCGACAGCCCCUCAGUCUGUCGCAGCUAAAUCUCCCUCCAACCCAAAAGACAAGCCUGAUAAGGUCACGUCAACAGCCAAUCAGACCGCUGUAGGUAAAGCUCCUACCAACAUCAACAAAGAAAAACCAGCCCCUUCACAGCCGAUGAAGGUAGUCAUCAGUGAUGGCUGUGACUCAGGCAACGCGAAGGAGCAGGAGUUGAAGCUGAAGCCUGGAGCUCCUAUAGUGAUGACGCAUAAGAUCAGCUUGUUGCCUGGGGGCUGCACCGGGGGAUGUGAGGCUGAGAUGGCUGCGCUUAAAGGACGUGUAGCACGACUGGAGAUGGAGAUGUCUUCCCUCAAGGACAAAUGUCCCUGUUCUGCAAAUUGUCCACGUGACUGUAGUGGCAAUGGGGAAUGUCAGAAGGGGAAGUGUGUCUGCCAACAGGGAUUUGUGGGUCCAGACUGCAGUAAGUGUGUACAAGGAGCUGAGUGUAAUAAAAAGACUGACAAAGGAAAGAUUAAGGUAUCAGUGGAAACUGUGACCCUGCAGGGGAGCAAACAGGGAAACAUGCAAGAGAAAACCACCAAAGUAGAGCAGACACUCUUCCAGAAGAAGGAGCAAAGGAGGGGCUCUGUAGCUAAGGAAACUGACACCAAACUCAAAGUGGCUGAUAGUGCUAAAGCAAAACAAGAUUCCUCAGUCAAGAAAGUAACUAUUAAAGACUCUUCAAGUGCCACAAGAACUAGCCGCCCAACUGUUGGUCAAGUUCUGCUGAAGCAUCAAGGAAGAAAGCAAGAAGAGGCCCGAAAAGGAAAAACAGUCAUAACUACUAAAACAAUCCUUCAAAAAACUGAUCUCAACCUCAAGGACGGGACACAUCCUAAAUCUGACCAACUAAAAGAUGAACCUCAUGCCAAUGCAACCCAUGGUAAUGUGAAGAAAUCUAAUGGUACAGCUAAAAUUCAGUCCAAAGUCACAGGAACAAACAAAACCCGAGCAGGAAAGGAAACUGUGGAGCAGUCCACACUUUCUGAGAAGAACGCUACUCAGUCAUCUGGGCACAAACGCAUCAAAGUCAAAGUAGAAACUACAAAUGUGCAAUCUGUUGACAACAGACAAACUGAAGCCGCCAAGACUGGUAAAGACAAAGAUGCACAGAGGAGUCAGUACUUAGUGAAUACAACCCUUGUAACAACAUCAGGUGAGGCUAGGGUUGUGCAAGACAAAACCACUACCCACAGCUCUGGGGGCACAAGGAGAGGGGGAGGAUCUGGAUUAGGAUCUGUUAAGGUCAUUAACAUUUCUUCCUACAGCUUCACGGUCACAUGGUCAGCACCACAAGGGAUGUUCAAGAACUUUACAGUGGUCAGAAAAGAGCCACGGGCUGAGGGUGACGAAGAGGACCUCGAAGAGUUUGAAGAAGAAGCUCUGGAGGGGGACAAGCCUUUCACAGUCAAAAACACGACUGAUGUCCAGGUACACAGUGAGAGCACCAACACGACUGCUGCCUCUGGUAGAGCUGCUGGAUCUAGAGGAUCUACCAAGAGGAUCUCUAUGGUGGUGCCAGGCAACGUGCGCUCUGUAGAGUUCAGUAACCUUCGGGCAAACACAGUCUAUGUCCUGCACGUAUACGGUACAACAGCUGAGAGAAGAUCAAAGGUCCACAGAGUUACUAUAACAACAGGUCCAGAGCCAGCCACAGAGAUGGUUUUCAGCAACGUAACAGAGUCCUCUCUCACUGUUUCCUGGUCUAAGCCAAAGACCACAUUCUCAGGCAUCAGGGUCACAUACACCAACAUUGUCAAAGGGGAGAGUCACUAUGUUACCAUGGACUCUCAGCAAUCUUACCUGGUUCUGUCCAAGUUGUCUACUGGAUCCUCCUAUAUCAUCACUGUGACUACUAUACAAGGCAGAGCACAGAGUGACGCCUUGACAUCCGUUAUCACGACAGUUCCCGCACCACCAACACAUCUGCAAGUGGUCAAUGUGACUGAUACCAGAGCUUUGCUGCAAUGGACACCCAGUCUGGGGAAAGUAGACCGCUUCAUCAUCAGCUACGAGUCCUCCAAGACUCCUAAUGUCACAGUGACAGUGAUGCUGUCUGGGAACUCAGUGGAGCACCAAUUGAGAGGCCUGCAGAGAGGCACCCUGUACACAAUUAAAGUACUGAGCCAGAAGGACAGUCUCCAGAGCAUGGCCAUCUCAACCACAUUUACUACCGCCAAUGUGGUGAAAGCUGGCGAGGUGAGCGCUCGCUCUGCAGUGAUUACAUGGAGAACAACAACUGUGGUUUAUCACAGCUACAGAGUGAUUUACCAGGUGGCAGGAGAGGAGACAAAGGAGAUGAUCCUGGACUCAUCCAUGACAGAGUAUAAGUUGGCAGGGCUGUUGCCAAUGUCACGUUAUAUUGUUCUGGUACAAGGCGAGAGAGACGGACACUACACUUCUAUUGUCACUUCAGAAUUCGUAACAGGAAAACUGCGUUUCCCCUUCCCUACCGAGUGCUCCCAGGAGCUGCUGAACGGAGCUCUGCAGUCAGGAGAGGUGGACAUCUUCCCACAAGGGAAAGAGGGUCAGGCAGUGAGAGUGUACUGUGACAUGGAGACUGAUGGAGGCGGCUGGACAGUAUUCCAGAGAAGGAUGAAUGGAAAGACUGAUUUCUACAGAUCCUGGAGCGAAUACAGUGCAGGCUUUGGAAACCUAAGCGAAGAGUUCUGGCUCGGAAAUGAGCUUCUCCACCAGCUGACAAGUGUGGGCCCUGUGAGUCUGAGGGUGGAUAUGCAAUCAGGAAAUGAUACUGCUUACGCCCACUACGCCAACUUUUCAAUUGACUCAGCAGAGAGGCAUUAUACCCUAGAAGUGUCUGGCUAUACUGGAACUGCCGGAGACUCUAUGAGGUACCAUAAUGGCCGCCCAUUCUCGACCCGCGACAAGGAUCCUGAUCCUCUGGGGAUCCACUGUGCCAGGGCCUACAUGGGAGGCUGGUGGUACAAAAACUGCUACAAGACCAACCUCAAUGGUCUUUAUGGUAUCAACAGUAAUAAUCAGGGAACAGUCUGGAUAGACUGGAAAGGUAAAGACUCAUCAAUUCCCUUCACUGAGAUGAAGUUCCGACCAUCCAGGUUCUCUCCUGCAACUCACGGCUAGAAAAACAUCAGUCUCAGUCACUGAGUUCUUCAUCCUGAUAACCUUACAUCUGACAGCUCAAGAAAUCCAGAAGACAGCGAAUCUCAGUUGCUCCAUGUUGCUUUCCAAAUGAAAUUGUUUGUACAGUGGUUUUGAUAGCUAUAAUUGCAGCAAUUAAUACAUGUGAUUCAUUGUGCAAGAUUCUUUUUCUGGUCUGUCUGUCUUUUUUUUCCCCAUAAUACACCAAAGAGUGCAAACUGUUUUAUCGCAACUUUUUUGUAUCUGUUUGACUGUUCUGCCUGACCCGUCCAUUAAACACAGUUUGUUCUGACUCUUAUACCUUCUUGUGCACCACAUUGGUAAGCCGACUACUCACUACUGUAAUCAAUAUGCACUGUCUCACUCCAUUGGAAUAAAAGUGGCUUAUGUCGGUCUGUA